GUGCUGGUUCUGGUACACCUGAAGUGGGUGCCAGCCAAUCACUGGUCAAUUAUUUCAAUAUUAUUUCACGAUUUGAUUGGAGCAGAAUCAGCGCUAGUCCCGCCCACUGGGUUUGGCGGCGUAGAAUGGCAUACAUUUCAUGAUCCAUUACGCAAGGGGUGCCAAACUGUGCCAAACUUAACUGUAUAAUGGAGUAAAUAGUGAAAUAGUUCAAAUAUUGAUAUGUUGCAAAAAUAGUUAAAUAUGAAUAAAUGCAAAUCAUAUAACACAUUUGUUUGUUGAUUUAUUGAUCUAAAUUUGACACUCUUGGUCCUCCAUAUGGAAGAGGCCUGUCUCGUUGCACAAGACGCGGCCAAUCACAAAAAGGCCUCAGCGGGUUGCUAGGCAGAGGCGGACGUCGGCGACCAAUGAGGUGAGCGCACAGGAAGCCGAGCGUGACCGAGUGACAUCCUCACAGCAUCCGUUGAAGAUCCUGGAAAACAACCGGAAUGCCCAGCAAAAUGAAGAAAGACAAGGAAACGAGCAAAAGUGGCAAAAGCAGCGCCAAGAGCGCAGAUGCCAACACGGACGCCAACAAAGACGUUCCAGUAGACGCCACCGACGAGAGUGUGGGAAAGCGUCCCGCUAGUCUCGGCAGCGGUGGCGCGCCGCCGCCCACUCAGCUGCACAAGAUCAAAUAUUGCGGAGGUCCCCAAGUGGCGAAGAAGGACCGACGUCACAGUUCGUCUCGAUUCAGCAUCAGCGGGAACAGAGAACUCAGCAAACUCCCUCCCCUCAAAGAUGCGGCGGCGAUGGAUCGCGAAGAACUUUUUGUGCAGAAGCUUCGUCAAUGCUGCGUCCUGUUUGACUUCGUGAGCGACCCACUUAGUGACCUGAAGUUUAAAGAAGUCAAGAGAGCCGGGCUCCACGAGAUGCUGGACUACAUCACGCACAACGCGGACGCGCUCACCGAGGCCAUCUACCCCGAGGCCGUCGGCAUGUUUUCAGUGAACUUGUUCCGGACUCUUCCGCCAUCCUCCAAUCCCACCGGAGCAGAGUUUGACCCCGAGGAGGACGAACCUACGUUGGAGGCCGCCUGGCCUCAUCUGCAGCUGGUUUACGAGUUCUUCCUUCGCUUCCUGGAGUCUCCGGACUUCCAAGCCAACGUGGCCAAAAAAUACAUGGACCAAAACUUUGUCUUGUCGCUUCUGGAACUGUUGGACAGCGAGGAUCCUCGAGAAAGGGACUUCCUGAAAACCAUCCUGCACCGCAUCUAUGGCAAGUUCCUGGGCUUGCGUGCAUACAUCCGGCGGCAGAUCAACAACAUCUUCUACAGGUUCAUCUACGAGACGGAACAUCACAACGGGAUCGCAGAGCUGCUGGAGAUUCUCGGGAGUAUCAUUAACGGCUUCGCUCUUCCACUCAAAGAAGAACACAAGAUGUUCCUGAUCAGAGUCCUUCUGCCCCUUCACAAAGUCAAGUCCCUCAGCGUCUACCACCCGCAGCUGGCGUACUGCGUGGUCCAGUUCCUGGAGAAGGACAGCAGUCUGACAGAACCAGUGAUCUUGGGGCUGCUGAAGUUCUGGCCUAAGACUCACAGUCCCAAGGAAGUGAUGUUCCUCAAUGAGCUGGAGGAAAUCCUGGACGUCAUCGAACCCGCCGAGUUCAUCAAAGUCCACGAGCCGCUCUUCAGGCAGCUGGCCAAGUGCGUGUCCAGCACGCACUUCCAGGUGGCAGAGCGCGCUCUGUACUACUGGAACAACGAGUACAUCAUGAGUUUGAUCAGUGACAACGCGGCCGGCAUUCUUCCCAUCAUGUUUCCUGCCCUCUACAAGAACUCCAAGAGCCACUGGAACAAAACCAUCCAUGGCCUGAUCUACAACGCUCUCAAACUCUUCAUGGAGAUGAACCAGAAACUCUUUGACCUCUGCACUCAACAGUACAAGAGCGGCAAACACAAAGAAAAACACAAAAUGAAGGAGAGGGAGCAAAUCUGGAGUAAACUGGAAGAACUGGCAAGGCACAAUCCUCAGAGUGAGAAGCUCCUCCCCCCGCUACCCAGACUCCACAUGCAGGAAACGUUGUCUAGCGCAUCAUCCACGGACGCUGACGUUCCGACUAUGGAGGACAUCCAACUGUUGAAGAGGGCGGUAGCGAGUCAAGCGGCGCCGGCUGCGAAGGACUCGAGGACGGAGCCCAAGGUGACCCGGAGGAAGUCGGACCUCCCUCAGGACGUUUUCACCAUCAAAGCUUUGGAGGCGCACAAGAGGGCGGAGCACUUCCUCACAGCCAAUCAGGAGGCCCUCAGCUAAUAACCGAGCGCCAGGCUGCGCCUACUCGAUGACACGCACCGGUCGCUUCCACUGGCCCCGCCCCCUGUGUGAUCUCACCCAGGUGCAGGAAGUCGAUCUUCAACCUUUCGUGAUGCAAUAGGGUUGCCAUGGAAACGCCCCCCCCCCGCCGCCGCUUUUGACUGACGUCGGCCGGACGAGCGGCUCGCACGGCGACGCAGGCCUUGUGUCUGCUUAGCAUGUUAGCUGCAUUCAAAAGCCAAAAAUUGUCCGUUGGUGUUGAGGGUCAUUCUCAUAUAAUUUGACCAAUAAUGGGGAAGGAAAAAAAAUCAAAACAUUUUAUUUUGCACUUUUUCUUGAUGCUGCCUCGGUUUUCUCCCCGGUAAAUGUCUCCUAUGCUGAAACGGCCACACUUAAAAGUCCUAUUUUCAAAACCUUAUUGAUGAUUUCAAAUUCAUCGUAUUGGACCACUGAAACAUACUUUUUGCAUAUUGGUAAAGACAGAAACAACUACAUAAAAAUCAUGUGAGUUGCACCAUU